AUGUCCGCUGCUCCACGAAAGCGACUUGCCUGUCGACUAUGCACGCGGCGCAAGGUCAAGUGCGACAAGCAGAUCCCAUGUAGCAAUUGUGUCAAGAGAGGAACUGCAGCAGCAUGCGAGCGCGAUGAUCCCGACGAGCUGAAUGCUCCCAGCAGCAGCUCCAGCGUCUGGCCCCAGGCUCGGCCAGAUGGCCCUUCCACAUCGGCGUCUGCGUCUGCCAUCACGGCUCUUCGGUCUCGUAUAGCGGAACUCGAAUCGGCUUUACAGCACAAAAUAGCAGAGGGCAACAAUGCUGAUGCUCAUGCUGAUGCGGCGCAAUCUCCCACCGCCACGCCAGCAACAGACCGCGCAGACAGGACGCCUGUGCCGGCGCAACUGGAAUCGCGGUCCUCGUCCUCAUCGCCAACAAGUCAGGGAUGUGAAUCGGAAAUCCAAGACGCCGUCACCGUGCUCGAGUUUCUGGCCUGGGGCCGGAUGAAGGAUCCCGACCAUGCGAUGCUGUCGCCGGAAGCGCUGCGCGUGUCGGAGACCGUGAACGACGAAGGCACAGGCAUCAGUCCAGCCGAGGAGCUGGACUGCGCACUGGAUCCGGCGGGCGCGAACAUUGUUCCGUGGCUCCAGAUCCUGCUCCCGUCGCGACGCCAGGUCUACCAACUGGUCGAGUAUCACAACAUCUGUCUGCUGUGGUUCUACGGCUCGUAUUUCGCACCCACCUUCUCCGAGGAGCUGGAGUCAUUCUACACCGACCACCACGGCAAGCUGGACUCGAAGGGCCUCUCGCUGCAAUGGGUCGCGCUGCUGUUCUCGGUCAUGGCGGGCACCAUCACCUCUGCGCCCGCGCACGAGGCGCGCAAAUGGGGAUUCGACGAGUCCGAGGCCCGGCUGCUGUCGCAGAAAUGGUACAAGGCCAUCUCGGUCGCCUUGAACGCCGCCCACUUCACGGCCCGCCACUCGCUGCAUGCCGUGCAAGCCAUCGCGACGGCCACAAACACCGCCCACAUGCUGGGCCAUUCAAACACGCAGUCGGUGAUGCUGGCGUCCGCGGUCCGCAUCGCCCAAAGCCUGGGUCUGCACCGACUCGACGAAGAUGCUCCGGGGACGCCGGUGGAGCUGGAAACCGGUCGUCGUGUCUGGCAGGAGCUGUGCACCCAGGACUGGUUCAGCACGGCCUUUUCCGAGUCUUACUCGAUCAACCCGCUGCAUUCGACCUCUGUGGCACCGCAAAACUGCGACGACAACAUGAAUGUCCUGCCCGAGUCCGAGCCCACCAUCACCAGCUUCUGCAGGUUCCUGGCCAAGAUCGCCGCCAUUAUGCCCGCCCUGCAGGAUGCCAUGGCCCUGUCCAACACGCUCUACACCAAACACGAGGCCGUGCUGGUCCACGACAGAAAGAUGCGCUCCUUGGCCACGGGCAGACCGCCGUUCCUGGCAAACACAGCCUUCGAUGCCAAUUGGCCGUGCUACAUUCCAUGGGCGCGCCGCGCCAUUGCGAUGAGUUCCGCACACAAGAUCAUUAUGAUCCACAGGAAAUUCCUCGGUCUGAGUUUCACCAACCCAGUCUUCGCAUUCACGCGGCGAACCUGCCUGGCCGCCUCGAAAACGAUCCUGAAAGAAUACCUGGCCAGCAGCAAGGAUGAAUCCAGCCCCAUGCUGUGGACCCACCAGGCCUUCUCCGUGGCCGCCUGCAUCGUCAUCUAUUUUGACAUGCUUCAUUCUUCUCCCUCCGCGUCUCCAUCCACGUCCAACCCCAAUUACCAUUCUUCUUCUGCGUCUCCGUCCAACCCCAAUUCCCAUUUCGCUUCAGACCAGUCGCAGCUGGUCGAGGAAACCGUCGAGCAUCUACAGCUCUGCCAGCAGAAGAGCAUGAUCGCUGCCCGAGGCGUCAAGGUGCUGAAUGCCUUGCAGAAGCAGAUCGCCAACCGGGCGGACGGUCAAGGUCGAAGUGGACCGUCAAAGAGGCCAAGGUCACUCGAUGCUGCUACUGCUACAGCUGGAACUGGAGACGUGCCGUCGAGGAAAAGACGGCGAGGCUUCGACGCGGCCGAAUUCGCUCGGUCGUUCUGUGAUGCGUCUACUGAUGCUCAGCGGCGCCGGCAUGGUCAUGGUCCCUCACGCCAGUGCCAGAACCAAGGCAUCGCAGAGCGUCAGACACCCGCUGAACAUCUGGACCUGGGCCAGCGGCGGAUCGAGGAUAACACGCAAAUCAUCGGCGUCGACGAUCCAGUGGCUUUUCAGGGAGACUUGAAUUGGUUGUGGAAUAUGCCGUUGAAUGAUGAAGAUGGCACUCAUACAUUCGAUAGCUUGCUGUCCUUUGCAAAUCAGGGUCUUGGGCUCUAA